UGUGGUGACCCCGGAUUAAUAAAGCCGACAAGAAAAUGAAUGAGUUAGCAAAUUAGCUUUCAAUUUUCAGCAGACCAUAUCUAAAAAUUUUAAUCUUUCAGCAUUAUUAGUACUAUGGAGACCCGGAAGGGAUGUGAUCGUAAGGGGAAAAUUGGGUGGAAGAAAAAAAACUGGGUGGGAGAAAAAAAACUGUUAUAGGAAACCAUAUAUAUAUUUUUAAGUUUUUGCGUUCCCUUGCGCAAAGAUUGUGUUAUCCUGCAAAGAUGUUUUGCGAGGGAAUGCAAAGAUGUAGGGCAAUGAUCGACGCACGGCUUUAAUAAGCAAGGGAAUGCAUUUUUAUAUUAAUUUCAAUGCUUUAUCAGAGGUCGCCUCAGCGGAAUAAACCAGCAGUUGCUCAGGCAUUUUUUUUUACUGGUGGCAUUUGUUUUAUUUAUGUGAUUAUAUUUAAGGUUAUUGUGCUUGGUAUGAACUGGUCUAUAAAGGACAAAGCCAACUCAGUGUUUAUGCAUGUGGAUUAUUUUUGUGCGUAUUAUGUGAAGUGAUUUGUUUCAGUUCUUUUAAAUGGAAGUUUCCCAAACAGGAAGUCAACCCAUAAUUUAAAACGCAGUCAUCACAUGCAGAAAAAAGUGGAUAUAAUCAUGUUUUCAGUGUUUUUGUGUCAUUCAAAUAAAUGUGACUUUUAUAUUCUGUGCUAUUAAAUCUUUUUAAAUAGUUUGAAUGUAAUGUUUUUGUCUUUCAGUUAUUUUCUGAAGCUCUUGUCUCUCAAUCACAGUAUUAACUCAUGUUGAAUGCGGCAGAGAUAGCUAAAAUUAAUUGUUGUUACAUUACAUUUAGAGUAGCAUUCAUUUGAUUUUCCUGUCAACAAUUUUAAGGGAAUGAGAGCUGCUCGUUCUGUAUAACAUAGAAAAUAAAGAAUAUGUAAUUUUGUUUCUUUUGGGGCUCAAAAGUGUUUAUGCAUUAAUAUUAAUGAGACAUUACGUCAUUACGCUCCCGCGCUCUUCUGACUCAUCGGUGAUUCAGCGACUUUCGGAAAGCAUCAGCUUCAGCACCAACAAGUACAAGAGUGUGUGUGGAUGAAAAGCAGAUAAAGCUGUGCUUUCACUUUCACUUUUGAUCUGAACUAAACCUCGAGCGUCAUGAUGAUGAGCUGCGGUCUUGUGACGGAGAAAAACGAGCCAGUUCCUCUGAAGAGCAUCUCAGUGGAGGUUCGGGUUCAGGACCAUGUCGCCUCAGUCUCCUCCACUCUGCAGUAUGUGAAUGAGGAGCAGCGCCCCCUGGAGGCCUUGUUCGUCUUUCCUCUGCCUGCUGAUGCUGCUGUCUGCCACUUUAGUGCCAAGAUCGGAGAGCAGGAGAUUGUGGCAGAGCUUCAAGACAAAGAGACAGCGAGGGAUCAGUAUGAUGAUGCUGUGAGUUCAGGACAGCAGGCAUUUAUGUUGGAAGAGAGCGCAGAGAGUCCUGAUGUGUUCAAACUGAGUGUCGGGUGUCUGUUGCCGGGUCAGAACGCUGCCGUCACCAUCAUCUACAUUACUGAGCUCGCUGUGCAGGCCGACCAAUCACUGCGCUUCUGUCUGCCAGCUGUUCUCAACCCCAGAUACACACCAGCAGGUUCAGAUGCUGGUAUAGUGUCAGAGAUUUCAUCAGUAUGUGGAGCAGUUCCCUACUCUCUGACUCUCAGUGUCCACGUGAGCUCUCCAAAGCCCAUCUCCAAACUAGAGUCCAACUGCACUCUGGAUCCUCUCGUGUUCCUCCGCUCUGAUCACACUCAGGCUACGGUGAAUCUGAGUCCCGGUCACAUGUUUGAUAGAGAUGUUGAGCUGUUCCUGUACUAUCAGGACACCCAUCAGCCCUCUGCUGUAGUGGAGGCAGGAGUGGCCACUGCACCGUCAGGCUCUCUAAUGAAGGAUCCAGUUGUCAUGAUAAGUUUGUACCCAGAGUUCCCAGAGGAAAUGAUGUCAUCACUGAAAAAUCAAGGCGAGUUUGUUUUUGUGAUGGACAGAUCAGGCAGUAUGGACUGCAUGAUGCAUCGUGGAAUAGGAGCACAGAAAUGUAUUGAAAGUGCAAAGGACACUCUGCUCUUACUGUUGAAGAGUCUGCCCAUGGGAUGCUACUUCAACAUCUAUGGAUUUGGCUCUCGUUUUGAGUCUUUCUUCACUAAAAGUGUCGAGUACAACCAGGACAAAAUGGAUCAGGCUCUUAAAAAAGUAAAGGAAAUGCGAGCAGACAUGGGCGGCACAGAGAUUUUACAGCCUCUAGCACACAUCUACAGUCAGCCCUGCAUCCCUGAACACCCCAGACAGCUGUUCAUCUUCACUGAUGGAGAAGUAGAAAACACUAAAGAGGUGCUGGAUCUGGUGAAAAGUCAUGCUCACUCUCACAGGUGUUUCUCAUUCGGGAUUGGUGAAGGUGCGAGUACCGCCCUCAUCACAGGAUUGGCCAGAGAAGGAUCAGGUCAUGCUCAGUUCAUCACAGGCAGCGAGCGCAUGCAGCCCAAAGUGAUGGAGUCCCUCAGGUUUGCUCUUCACCCCGCUGUGUCGAAUAUCUCUGUGGAUUGGACACUUCCAGAGCGUGUUACUGCUGAAACAGUUUCUCCACCCAUUGAUGUGCUCUUCCAGGGUCAAAGGACUCUCAUUUAUGCCCAACUUAAAGGAAAGAGUUCAGGCGGCUCUGAGGGAUCAGUGACAGUCAAAUACAGUCUUAAAGAUCAACAAGUGACAAACCAGCUGCACUUCUGCAUCAAACCAACUGAGGAAACAGGGUUGGUCAUCCAUCAGCUGGCGGCUCGAACCCUGAUCCAUUCUCUGGAGCAGAAAGAGAGGUCAUGUGAUGGAGAUUUUGAAGGUAUCAGGAACAGUAUAGUGGAGCUCAGUGUUCAGGCAGGAGUGAGCAGUGUUCAUACAGCCUUCAUUGGCAUUAAUAAAGACACCAAACAGACUGUGAAAGGACCCCUGCAGCAGAGAAGAGUGCCGACAUGCGGUUUGCAAGUAUCAAGUGUGCAGAUACAAGAUUUGAUUGAGGGAGGUUACAUGGUGGCUCCAGAAUGUAUACAAGAAAUGUCAUAUCACCUCGCUCCCAGAUCUCAGAACUGGUUUGAACGUCUGAUUUUCAGACACCAUAAACCUACUGCACCUGAGCAGAAGAUUGGAUUUAUGACAAAAGUUCAGAAUUUCUUCAGUCGUGAUGUUAAGACUGCAACUGUCCAAUGUGGAGAGACAAACUCUCAAAGCCAGAAUUACGUGGGUGAAAUGCCUGUGCUAUCAAGUCCUGAUCCAGCUGCUCCUGAGCUUCAGCAGGACCUGUUACUCCCGCUGGUUUCCCUCCAGAAGACCUCGGGCUGCUGGGAACUGGACGCUGCAUUGGCUGCUGUCUUUGGGAAGACGAAGGAUGAGUUGACCAAUCAGAAACCAGCACAGGUGGAUGGGUCAGUGUGGGCCACUCUCCUGGCUCUGAUCUGGUUGUACGGCUGGAGAAAAGGGCAGCAGGUGGAGUGGCAGUUUGUGGCCCAGAAGGCAGCGGCAUGGAUCGCCUCUCAGAAAGUGGGCGAUCUGUCUCAGUGUGUGUGUCUGGGUAAUGUCCUUUUUGGAUGUGAGGUCACCAAAGACACUCUGGGGAUCUGAAGACAUCACUGUUUCUGCAUACGGUGCCAUAUGAAUGCCAAAUAUACACAUAUUCUACUAAUAUAU